AAUUAAAAACAACUAUCCUCACUCACGUUAGUUUAGUUUUCAAGAAAAGCUUUAAAGAGUACACUAAAACAAGUUUGUCUCUUGUCGUGUCGGGUUAUCAUCAAUGUAAAAUAAAAUAAGUGCGUGUGGUGACUGUGUGUUGUGUGAAAAUGACAGACAUGCCUCCUUAUCUCGCUGUAAAAGAUGAGGAGGACAGUGCCCAAGGUGAUAUCGAGAGUGGUUCGGAAGUUGAUGAUUGGGAUUUGCCUCUCAGCUAUGAGAAACCUAGGCAUUUGGAGCCUAUAAAGGGAGCUGAACGUGUGGAGCACUCAUGGAGAGUCAAAGAAAAGUACAAGACACACUGCGUAGCGCUGGUGCUGUGCCUCAACGUGGGCGUGGACCCUCCAGACAUCGUCAAGACCCAGCCCUGUGCCCGUCUCGAGUGCUGGAUCGACCCCUUGUCGCAGUCCCCAAGCAAGGCCUUGGAGAACAUCGGACACGCGUUACAGUCGCAAUAUGAGCGCUGGCAGCCUCGCGCGCGCUACAAGCAGUCCUUAGACCCUACCAGCGAUGAGGUGAAAAAGCUGUGCUGCUCGCUUCGACGGAACGCCAAAGAUGAACGGGUGCUGUUCCACUACAACGGACACGGCGUACCCAAGCCUACUAGCCAGGGCGAGAUCUGGGUCUUCAACAGGGCAUACACACAAUACAUCCCACUGUCGAUGUACGACCUACAAACAUGGAUGGGCGCGCCGUCGCUGUACGUGUACGACUGCUCCAACGCCGGCGUCAUCGUGGACAACUUCCGCGCGUUCGCGGACCAGCACGAUCGCGACUACGAGAUGCAACUAAACAGCAAAGGCUCCGGCACCCCACCACCCCUAGUCUCGUACAAGAACUGCAUCCAGCUCGGGGCCUGCGCCGCCGGACAGGCCCUGCCCAUGAGUCCCGAACUACCAGCGGAUCUCUUCACGGCCUGCCUUACUACUCCCGUCAAGAUGGCCAUGAAGUGGUUCGUGCUGCGUCACACGAGGGCUGCCAGCGUGCACCAGCAUAUACACGACGUGCACGACCUCAUCGACAAGAUCCCCGGCCAAGUAACCGACCGCCGCACGAUGCUGGGCGAGUUGAACUGGAUCUUCACCGCCAUCACCGACACCAUCGCCUGGAACUCUUUACCCCCAGAACUGUUUCAGCAGCUGUUCCGAGCUGAUCUGCUAACGGCUAGUUUAUGCCGGAACUUUCUACUGGCGGACCGCAUCAUGAGAUCAUACAACUGCACCCCAGUAUCGUCCCCCCCGCUACCUUCCCUCGCGCAGCACGCCCUGUGGGCCGCCUGGGACCAAACCCUGGACCUCGCGCUAGCACAACUUCCCGCCAUGCUGGGGCCCUCGCCGCGCGUCUAUCAUCACUCACCGUUCUUCAGGGACCAGCUCACCGCGUUCCAAGUGUGGCUGGAUCUCGGGAAAUGGAGGUCCCUGUCCGGCACGCACUGGUCGCGCCCGCCCCCCGACCAGCUGCCCAUGGUGCUGCAGGUGCUGCUGAGCACGCUGCACCGCGUGCGCGCGCUGCAGAUCCUGUGCCGGUUCCUGGCGCUGGGCGCGUGCGCCGUGCGCGCCGUGCUGCACGUGGGCAUCUUCCCCUACAUGCUGAAGCUGCUGCAGGCCUCCGCGCACGAGCUGCGCGCCUCCAUGGUCUACAUCUGGGCCAAGAUCAUAGCCGUGGACCCGACUUGCCAAGUGGACUUGGUGAACGCAAAAGGGCACAAAUAUUUCCUAUCGAUCUUGGCAGAUUCUACCGUUGAUAGCGAGCACCGAACGUUGGCAGCGUACGUUCUGGCCGGGAUCGUCGACAACUACCCCGCCGGGCAAGAAGCGGCACAACAGGGCUCCAUGAUCUCGAUAUGCCUCGAGCAGCUGUCGGACCCCUCAUGGCUGCUGCGGCAGUGGGCGUGCAUCUGCCUGGGGCGGCUGUGGCGCGGCUGCGACGCGGCGCGCUGGGCCGGCGUGCGGGACCUGGCGCACGAGAAGCUCUACCCGCUGCUGCGGGAGCCACACCCUGAGGUUCGCGCAGCGUGCGCAUUCGCGCUCGGCACGUUCGUGGCCGCCGGGGGCUGCUGGCCGCGAACCGAGCACGCGAACGCGCUGGACCAGCAAGUCGGGGCCGAACUUGCUCGGGCCCUCCCUCACGACGCCAGCCCGCUCGUGCGAGCUGAAAUUCUGCACGCCCUCCAAUGGCUGGUUCUAAUAUUCGAGCAGCACUUCAUCGCAGUUUAUAUACAGGAAAGGAUGAGGAAAAGUGACAGAGCCCCGCACUCGGGCUUGGGCGGCCCCGUGGACCCCGGCCAGGACGCGCUGGUGGCGGGCGGCCGCGGCCUCGCGCCCGCCGUGCGCCGGCCUCAGCAGGCGCUGCCCACCAUCGGGUUUGGUUCAGUCUACAUGAAGCUGUGGAACACCCUAAUGUCGAUGUCGAAGGAGCCACACCCUCAAGUCUCGCAAAUGGCUACCGACAUCAUCAACUACAUCUCCAACCAGCUGGAUAACGUGUCCCGCGACAUCGACCCCCGCGGGCUGGGCGCGCACGGCUCGGGGGGCUCCUCCAGCCUCCCCCCCUCCCCCAACCUGCGCCCCGCCGUCAGCCCCCGCGACCCCCGCCAGACGUCGCACUACAGCCGGCGCGGGCGCGGCGGGCUGCCGAGCACCAUCUCCGAGGACUCCAUGGCGAGCCGCGAGCGGGACUCCGGCUCCUCUACUUCUAGUCAACAGUCAAAGAAACCAAUAGUGUCCACGCAAUUCGUGGAGUGGGCGCACACGCUGUUCGCUCGGGCGGACGCGGACGCGGACGCGGAGCAGGACGCGGAGUCGCGAGCGCACCACGCCAGGGUGUGGCGGUACCAGCGGAACAGGAGCCUGAGGAACGAAGCCAAAGCGUUGGUGGGAUCAAAAGUGCCGCGGUUAGAGACGCAGGCUUUCCACUCUCGAUGUCAGUUGCCGCCGGGAGUAAUACUUUUCCACCCCUACGAGCAACACAUUGCUUUGGCUUUCAAAGACAAUUUUGGAAUCUGGGACUGGGGCACGGCCGCCAAGCUGUGCGUGGGCGCGUGGCGCAAGGCGUGGGGCCGAGUUACCGCGCUCGCUUACCUCAACGCACACGAGAGGGCGCUGCUCGCAGUCGCCAGUCAUCAGGGACACGUCGCCAUCUACAGACCGACCGGCAGCAGUAUGGAACCAGCUUUAGUAUCAGCGUGGCGCGCGCUCGACGUGCGGCCCGCGGCCGACUACCGCCCGCCCCCCGCACAACCCCUCUACAGUCUGGCGCAGCUGGUGUCGGAGCAGUUCCUGUCCGCGGACGACUCAACGGGGAGACGUGCUGAUUCGCGGUACCCCCUGGGUGCGGGCGGGGUGGGGGUGGGGGUGGGUGGCGUGUCCUCGUACAGCCCGCCGCCGCCGCCGGUGCUGCUGCGCUGGUGCGCGCGGCGGCGCUCGCUGGCGCUGGCCGGGCUGGCGGGCUCCAUCCGGCUGUGGGACGCCAGCGCCGAGCUGCUGGAGGCCGAUGUUAAUACAGAAUGCGAAAGCGCAGUGACCUCCCUGUGGCGCGGCGCCCCCGACAGCUGGUCCAUCGUCGCGGGCUUCGCCGACGGCUCCGUGCGCGCCUGGGACUCCCGCGCCGCCGGGGCCGCCGUCACCCUGCAGCACCACCGCGCCCCCGUGCUCUGCGCCGUGCCCAGGACCAACACCCACAAGCUGAUCGCCGGCUGUAUGAACGGCGAGAUCCGCAUCUACGACACGAGAAAGAUGGAAGCUAUAGAGACAGUCCGCGCGCCCGGCCCGCUCGCCGCCGUCGACGUGCAUCCCUUGCUGGACCUCAUCGCGUGCGGCUCUGUGAACCAGUCAAUUAGUUUAUACGACUUGAGUGGUAACGCGCUCAACACCAUCAAAUCACACGAGGGAUUUAUGGGAAUGGGCACACGAAUCGGGCCUGUGUGCUGCCUCGCCUUCCAUCCUUUAAGAUGCGCGCUGGGCGUGGGCUCGAAGGACUCCAUGGUGUCCGUGUACGUGGGCGCCGCCGCCGGCGCAGGCGCAGGCGCCGCCAACGAGCGCCGGUGACACAAAGGAAGGCGCGCCACAUGGGACGCUAUUCAACGCUAGAAUAACCACUGGUCGACUCGUGACGUGGCCCUCGUGGCCGAACUGACGUGUUGACUGCUGAUAUUUAUAUGUAAUAUAUACACCUACAUGUAAUGUAGGUGCGCGUUCAUUUGAUUUAGGUAUUUACCUAAUAAUAUGUCUUAGACAGACUUCCGAACCGCGGCGAUAAACUGAAAGUUUUCGCCGGUGAGUGUUUCGUUUUAGAAAAAGUCGUUGAUUAUCGAUUAAUAUUUGCAUCCAUUUUAUUUAUACAGUAAAGAGUCUGUGCGGAACUUAGAGGAUAUAACCAAACGGAGUAGCCAUCGAAAAUCGGCCAAUGGUCAUACACAAUGUAUGGACUGGCCUGGGCUGGACUGGGUGACAUGGCUAUUUUUACGUUACGUAUACAUUUGACGUUUGCCUCCCCCGCCAGAGUUGGGCGUUAUCUAGAUAAUUAUUCCAAAUAAAAUCAUUUCAAAUAGAUUUAUUCGAAGAUAAAUUCAAUCACAAAUAGUGCGUUGACAACUUUUUUAUUCAGAUAAAUUAUCUAGAUGAAGAUAACUGGCCUCGUUUGUUAUUGAAGUAAGCUUAUAAUGAUAAAUUUAUAGAAUGUCACGUCGGGUCAAACCGUCACACUGACACUGUACUACUGACAUUCAUCUUUUAUUUAAAAUCCCAACUAAUUUAUCUAGAUAAAAAUGAAACUGAUCUAGAUAAAUUCAAAAUAACAAAUGACGGAUUAUUUAGUUAUUUCAAAUAAAAGAUGAUUUAGUUAUCUUCCCGGUUAUUCGUAAAUAGAUAAAUUUUGCCCAACUCUGUCCCCCACAAAGAUCGGCAGACUUUUGUACAGAAAAUUACAGACAAGGCGUCUCCGUUUGGCUAUAUCCUCUAAGGUGCGGAAUGAUAAGAGCCAUAUAAUGUAUAUGUUCCAUAACUCUUCUCAUUCCUCACUCUAAAGUAAGGACGCUAACCACGAAAAAUUUCGUACAUCGACCCGCCUGUUUCUAUCUCUAUCGCGCGGUUCUAUUUUUUAGAAUAAUAAUGUCCUAAAAUUGUCAUCGCACUCAUGUUGUAUACGAUACGAAACGACGACGAAAGAUAGAGGAGAAUGGAAGAGAAAAACAUGUUGUGCCGACCCCACAUAACGUGGGAUAAGGGCAGGAAGAAGAGAAGAAUGUCCUAAAAUUGUCAUACAUUUUACGUACUUUCCAUUUCGUUACCGCCGUACAAAGUGUUUGUAAAAUGGUAAAGAAAUGGAAAAAUAAAACUUGGGACGCUUUUUUUCUCCUAGUAGGAUCGAAUCGUGAUU